AUGGCGUCUUCUGGCUUGAAAAAUGGGACAACGAUGGAGAGUGACAUGGAACAGCAACAAUAUGAGCAUCAGAGAGGAAUCCAAGAGAAGGAUCAGAUCAUUGAGGAGAAAGAUGCGAGCGACGAGAGGAAGAUUGUGAUAGUAAAUGAGACCCAUACAGUUGUAGAGACAGCAGAGAUGCUGACAGUUAAAGAGCUGCAAAAGGUCGCGACCAUGAAAGAGCAUAAUAUAUCCGAGGAUUUUGAAGCGACUGUUUGUCUCAGUGCUGAUGCAAUGGAAGAGAUCGCCGAGACGAUAGCAAUGAAUGACAAUGGUAGUGUGGAGAUGGACUAUUCGGUGGCUGCAACUUUGGGCAGUUCUGUGGACGAAGAGAGUGUGAAGACGGAGGAUUUUGCUGAAGAGAACACGUUUAUCGAGGAAAGUAGUAAAGAUGCUGAAGUGGACUUUGCUGAACUAGCUGCUGCGGACGAAAGUAUUGAAAAAAUGAAUGAGUUGACUGCUGGUGAAAGUACUGAGACGAUGAAAGCAAUGAAACAAGUUUAUAAUACGAGUAAGGCCGUCGAGACGAAGGAGAUAUCAUCUGCGAUGACCUGCUCUGUUGAUGCUACAUUGGGACGUUCAGUUGAUGCGGACAGUGUGUUGUACCUUGAUGACAUGCGUGGUUCUACGAAUGUUGACGGUCAAGAGACGACUGACGUAUCGGUGGAACAAGCGAUGUCGAAAAGCGCUGCGAUAUUAAUCCAUUCUGCCGAGAACAAUGCUCCAAUCAAGGUCGUUGCUACUGAAACUGAUGUUACGUCACAGGAACCUGUUGCCGAAGAAAGAUCUGUUGACGUGACUAAAAAGAUGAAGUCUGUUUAUAAGGUUGAGCCAGUGAUUGAAGAAGCUUCGGAUGAAGUAUUAAUCUCAGAAACGAAAGGUACAGCUGAGAUUGAUCAAUGUGUGACUGCAGUUGCUAUAGGUACGACGUCCGACAGUUGUGAGGUAGACACCGCCAACGCAACAUUGACGGAAGCUCCAUCUGAGAUGAUUGAUAGCUUUCACGCUUCAACUGACUUGAUUAACUCCGCAUUUGCUAUCCCGAAUACGGCAACUGAGGAGUCCGAGCAUCCGAAUACGGCAACUGAGGAGUCCGAGAAAAAGAACUAA